UUUUAUUCUUCACUCAUACACUCUUUCUUUCACUACUUUCGAGUCUAUCUCUUUCUCUCUCUUUCAUCUCCCCCUCUUUCUCUCUCCCAUCACGCAAACAACCGCUUGAACCCUAACGUGUGUAUUCGUUUUUGAAAGCUGAUACACACAGUGUAUGGUUUCAAUUCUUCCUAGGUCAUGGCUUCCGAUACCGCUUCUCGUUCGAGUUCCGCGGCCGAUUCCUACAUUGGUUGCUUGAUCAGUUUGACGUCCAAGAGCGAGAUCAGAUACGAGGGCGUUCUCUACAACAUCAACACCGAUGAAUCCAGUAUUGGCCUAAAAAAUGUACGCUCUUUUGGAACUGAAGGAAGGAAAAAGGACGGUCCACAAAUUCUGCCAGGUGACAAGGUCUAUGAGUAUAUACUCUUCCGUGGGACGGACAUCAAGGAUUUACAGGUGAAAUCUUCUCCACCUGUCCAGCCUACUGCACCAACAAAUACCGACCCAGCUAUUAUUCAGUCUCAGUAUCCCCGCUUAGCCACAACAUCGACAAGUUUACCAGCUGCAAGUGGAUCUUUGACUGAUGCUAGUCCUCAUACAACACAGCUUGGACACCCAGGGUCAAACUUUCAAGGGCCUUUGUAUCAACCUGGAGGAAAUGUAGUAUCAUGGGGAGCUUCUUCGCCUUCUCCAAAUGUAAAUGGUGGCGGGCUUGCUAUGCCAAUGUAUUGGCAAGGAUAUUAUGGUGCCCCAAAUGGGCUUCCUCAGUUACAUCAGCAAUCUUUGCUACGACCUCCUGGCUUAUCCAUGCCUUCAUCUAUGCAGCAGCCAAUGCCUUCAUCUAUGCAGCAGCCAAUGCAUUCAUCUAUGCAGCAGCCUAUGCCUCCGUCUUUGCAGCAGCACAUGCCUUCAUCGAUGCAGCAGCCAUUGCCUUCAUCGAUGCAGCAGCCAUUGCAGUAUCCCAAUUUUAGCCCCUCUUUACCAACUGGGCCUUCCAAUUUUCCAGAAUUUCCUUCUGCUUUCCUCCCUGUGGGCACUAGUUCCCCUAAUAUAACAGCUACUUCUGCACCUCCAUCAAAUCUUCCGACAACAGUUUCACCUCCAGCACCUUUGGCCACACUAGCUCCUGAAACUUUUCAAGUAUCAGUUCCAAACAAGGCACCAUCUGUGUCCCUUCCUGCAGUCACAUUAGGUGCUAACUUGUCUUCACUAGCUUCUUUUACCAAUGGUGGUCACGAUAUGAGUGCUUCUGUACCAAUGGCUAAUAAACCUAAUGCAAUUUCAGCUCCAAGUUUGUCAUACCAAACUGUACCCCAGCAGAUGGCUCCUUCAAUUGUUGGCUCUUCGAAUUCUAUCCGCACAGAACCACCUGUCCCUUCUCUGGUAACCCCAGCUCAAUUAUUGCAGUCUGGGCAAUCUGCAGUAGCUUCAUCUAAGCCUUCACAAACAGCACAUAAGGAUGUUGAAGUGGUUCCGGUAUCAUCAACUUUACCUCCAGAGCCACCUGUGUCUGUCGCUGCUGAAUCCCAGCCACCGAUACUUCCAUUGCCUGUGACUUCACGGCCAACUCACAGGCCUGGUGGAGCUUCUAGCCAAACUCCUCAUGGCUAUGGCUACAGGGGACGCGGAAGAGGAAGAGGAGUCCAGGGUUUCCGCCCAGCUGAAAGAUUCACCGAGGACUUUGACUUCACAGCUAUGAAUGAGAAGUUCAAAAAGGAUGAAGUAUGGGGUCACCUAGGUAAAAGUAACAAGAAAGACGGGGAAGAAAAUGCUAGUGAUGAAGAUGGAGGUCAAUAUGAAGACGAUGGCGAUGUAUCAAACUUGGAGGUUAAGCCUGUUUAUAACAAGGAUGAUUUCUUUGACUCUCUCUCCUGCAACUCACUCAAUAAUGAUCCACAAAAUGGAAGGAUUAGAUAUUCAGACCAAAUCAAGAUGGAUACCGAGACAUUUGGUGAUUUUACGAGGCAUCGUGGUGGCUGGGGUGGCCGUGGUCCAUGGCGCGGUGGUGGUGGCGGACGUGCUCGAGGUGGUGGGUUUUAUGGAAGGGGGUAUGGCUAUGGUGGUGGAAGAGGAAGAGGUGGACGUGGCAUGUCUGGCGGUCGUUUUUAGAUGGACGCCGCAAUGCUAAGUUGUGGUGGUAGGGAGGCAAGGAGCAAAAGACCAAGCCACCCACUUAAAAUGUUUAUUGAAGCUAUGCUUCAAUGUUGUGAUUUCUGUUUCUGUUUUGUCAUAGAAUAAGUUAGACAGUUUUUUGGGUUAUGUGGACACCUAUUUGCCCAAAAGAACCUGGUUUUGGUUUGGUGGAAAGAUGUUUCUCUACCAUUUUCUAUAUUCAUAGAUCUGGAAUGCACAAAUUCUAGACAAGUUUCUUGCGGUAUGUUGUUUAUGUAUGUAAGCAAUCAGCAAGUUUUCCAUUUAUGAGACAUGUCAAAUUGUUUUGCAUUGUAAAUGCAAGUGACCAUUUUAAGACUAAAUUAUACUUUGAUACCUUA